UGACUGUCAUCUGUCAUGUUGUCCGUCCUGUCAUUUCUAGGUUUUUCAAGUGCAAUUUCGGCUAUUUUGUUUUCUUUUAAAAAGUGAAUCUUUCGUAAAGUGAAAAUUUAAAAUUACCUAUUUAUGUGUCAGCAUGUUGUCCGAAGAUUUUAUUGAUGAAAAUUCAUGUAUGGUUUCUGUCUUCGCUUGUGUCUUUUUAACAUGUUCAUAUGUUGCAAGUCUGUAUGUUUGGAAAUCUCCAAAAAAUAGAGACCAUCCCACGACUAUUAAAAGAAGAUUUUUUAGUGUCUCAUGCAUGAUGCUAUUUGCUCCAUUUAUAACUCGAUUAUUCCUAACAGAGGAAAAUUUGAACAAAGGCACAUUUUUUGAACAGAUGGGCCUUCGAUUAUCUGGUUUAAUAAUGGCCACAAUUUUUCCCUUAUUUUUAACUGUAGUAUUAUUUAUGGGUCCUCUAUCCAUGCAGUACUUAUCUGGGCUAUUGAAAUUAUAUGCUGAGCCUGUUUACUGGAUAUCCAACUGGCAAGACCUGGUAUGGGUUAGGAACCACAUUAUGGCUCCCCUUAGUGAAGAAUGGGUGUUCCGAGCUUGCAUGAUGCCACUGCUGCUGCAAUGCUUAGACCCUUUGACGGCUGUCUUCUCUGGACCUCUACUGUUUGGUAUAGCUCACUUUCAUCAUAUGCUUGAACAAAUAAGAGGUGGUCUUGCUAUCAGGACUGCACUUAUGGUCUCAUUAUUCCAGUUCACAUAUACUAGUCUCUUUGGUGCUUACUCUGCUUAUAUAUUCUUGAGGACUGGACACUUUGCUGCAUCACUGGUGGCCCACAUCUUUUGCAAUCACAUGGGUUUCCCUAACUUUAGCGCCGUGAUAUACUUCCCGCCUCUCCAACGCGUGCUUAUCGUGUUCUGUUUCUUGCUAGGACUUGGGUUGUGGAGCAUUAUGCUCGUACCCAUAACAAACCCUGAUAUUUACGACAACAGAAUAUAUCGCGUCAUUUAAAUUAACACAUGUUUCAGGGUAGUUGCCGGAUAAAAACAAAAUUUAUGCCUAAAUAAAAAAAAAAUGCUAUUAUAAAGUUUUCACCUCUUCUCACUUUUGUUUUUAUGCUAUUGAUUUUGUUAUUUGGUAAAGGUUGUCGGCAACUUCCUACUUUAUUUUUUUUAAAUUGAAGUCAAAAUAUUAAUGAAUUUUUGCGCUACAUUGAACCAUGGAAUGGUUUUAGUACGCUCACAGUUAUAUUUGGUAGUAUGGUGGUAUUAAUUCAAGACUUGUGUUACCAUUAAUGUUAAUGUAUUAUUUAGUUUCGUAAAUUAAAUUUAUAGUAAGUACUUGGAGUGAAGUUAUGUUCGUGUAAGAGAGGCUAGAUUUUGUAGGUAUCGAUAUUAUGUGCGAGUAUCGAUGUUAGCCCUAACUUGUGACGUGUCACCGUGAAAUUCUCUGUACUCGGCAACUUGGAAAAUAUUUGUUUUUCAUCGUCAGAUUUUUUAAUCUUUACAUUUUGCAGUGAAAACUAACUUUUAUUCGAUAAGUUCUCGAAAAUUUCCGACCGUUUUUGUUAUUUUUUUUUUUUUUUCGGAAAUAUCUUAGGACGGCGCAUUGUUAGCCCUAUUCGAACCUUUUAAUGCGUAGGUAUAUUUUAAUGGACUAUAUGUAAUUGUAUUAUCACAUAUAUCACAGUUAUCUAUUUCUCUUUGUGCAUAUAUAAACUAAAUAAAUGUUGUAACAUGCUAUAAACUGUGUUGCUAGCGUUAGGUUUUUGUUUCCCGGAUAUUUCUACAGGGUCUAAGAAUUUGAGUACAAAAUAUUUCGUUAAUAGACAUCUCUAAAUCCUACUACUUAAAUGUACAAGUGUUUUAAAAUUAAAUUAUAUAAAGAAGCUGGUGGUAAAUGAUACACAUGAAAUUUGGAAAAAGUCUUCCUCUCAAAACUAUUUCCUAAAUUCGAUUUGUGAUUUUAUUGACUAGUAAAACUUUAUCAGUAUAAUAAUCGAAUGCUCAAAUAUAUUAGUUGUGUAUUUUUUUUUAAAUAUAAAAAUGCACCCAACAGUAUUUUAUGCAAUAGGAAAUAAAAUGUAAUGAUAUAUAGAUUAUAUGUAACUUCUGCUACAGUAUUCUUGUAAUCAUAUUAUUAUGUUUGUAAUAUGGAUAUUGACUGAUCCUGAAUCUACUAAUUUGCACAACAAAUUGUGAAAAUAGCGUUAUACUACAUCGAAAAUCGUAGUGAUAGACUGUUAAAAAAUUGUAAACAUUACAAUUAUAUAACGUAUAUGUGUUUAAUACGAUUAUAUUUAUCAAACGUCAUAAUUGUAAUGUCUAAAUGGAAAAUAUGUAGUUAUCUUGGCAAGAAACGAAAAGAACUAUGUUUUCCUUUAGAACAGGUCCAUUUCUGUACAUUUGCUACCGAACAAUUUUUAUUCUGAACAAAUCCAUAAUAUUUAUUUGCAUUAGUAUUUUAGUUCUCCCUUAUUUAUUAUUGAUCUUUUUUUAAUUAGUAAAUCUGCGCCACAAAAUAAGUCACGUUGACAACAACAACUUAGCUCUCAGACUGACUUAAUAUUAUCUAGUAGUACUAAUGCCUAGUAUAUACUAUAUACUAAGUUUACUCCAUGACGUGGCCGGUCUGUUAUUGAUUUCACAUGCUGAUGCGACACUUUUUUGUGGCGCGUACUUUAAGGGACAAACGGGAAAUUUUUUAUCAUGGUUUUUAUUAAAUUUUGUAUUGUUAAUUACUAAGGAAUUUUCUUGUUUCAUUUGUGCCAUAAUUAUGUUUUAGGUAGAAUAAUCGAAGUGUCUCAUGGGAAGUAAUUUGAGAAUGUAACGAUGGUCAGGAUCAGCAUGUGCACAAUAUGCGACAUUUCAUGCUGGCUAUACACUAUCGAAACAGUUUGCCAUAUUUUCAACGGACAUAGGAUUUUCCAUGUGGUCAAUAAAAGCUCUCAUACAAGUUACACAAUGUGUAUACAUUCGUGUCGGCAUGUGUCUGAGUUUGACGAUAGUGUGUAGCCGGCAUCACAUAACCAGUAUCUAGUCAGAUAUGUUAGUAAAGUAAGAUUCAACGAUACAAUAUUUUUUUCUUAUCUGAUUAAAAUUUAAGAAUUAUUAGACCUAAAACUAAGAAGAACAAAGGAAUAGUAGAACAUCAAACAAAAACUUAAAUCGAUUUAUAUUUUUGCCUGGUAGUAGUAUAUGUAUAUUAUGAAAAACUAAAAAUAAUCGGCGGACAAUUCCAGAUAUGGACACUAAACUAAUUACAAUGUAAUUAGAUUACAAAAUAAUUAAAUUACAUUUAUUUGUAAUCUUGGUAUGUUCAUAUUAUGAUAAAUUUUAUACUAAAACUAAUGUAGUUACAACAUUUACUAAUCUGAUUACUCUGUUUUAUUUACUUAAAUAACUUCGGACAAAUUAAAUUACUUCAUCAUGAUCAAAUUACUUUCUAUUAUUAAAGAGCAUGGGAAUAAAUUAAGUUUUUCACAGUCUUGUUUCUUUUUGAGUGUGUUGUGCUAACACUAGUGUCAGAUUUUACUCAAGUCGCCAAAAGGCAUCUCACAUGGCUUUUACGACUACCUAGCGACUCUAGUGGCAAGUAGUCAUCGCAUUCACACUAGUGAACUAUUUCACAGUAAUGAUAUCAGAUCAGAGAGAAUAUUCUAGACCCAGUGAGAAUUAAAUAUAAUUUCAAGUUCUCACGUGCCAUCCAGUGUGUAAGAAACGUCAGGGUACAGUAGGAUACAUUUUAAAGAUUGCCUAGUCAGUUGAUGUGUUGUUUUGUUAUUAAAUGAUUUAUUUUUGUUAGAUAUAAUUUUGCGAACCAUGAUGUUGAAUAGUAUAAGCGCUUUUUAAAUCGAUAUGUUUGUAUAAAUUUGUAAUACUGCUAUGUUUGUAUAAAUUUGUAUAUGCUGAAAUUUUUAUUGGGUUUGGAUUAUUUGUUAAUCGGUGAAAUAUUUUUUACCAAUCAGACCCCAUAUUAGUGUUACCACAUAGUCGUCUGUAAUAUCGAUAUUGACAUCGAUUAUUAUUAUGGUAUCGACAAUGUAGCGGUAACACUACAUAUGUUGGGUAUUUUGCUCAUAUAUUAUUAUGUGAAAUUUCCUAGUUAACUUUGAAAUAAGUUUGUAUUACUAAAUUAUUUUAUGCAUGAUCAGUCCGACAGCAGUUAUGUUAAGAUCUAAUCUUUAAAAACUGGUAUGUUUUAUGGCCAAUACACAUAAGACUUCAAAAAUAAACUUUUAAAACGCAAA